AGCGUGUGAGUUUGUCCAAGUGAUUUGGAGAUCGGGACUGCUUUUUGUUUCUAGGAGAUACUCAGGUACGGGGACGGGAUGAAUAAUAACAGUAAUUACGGAAGCAACGGGAAUGGGAAUGGGAAUGGGAACGCGAACUAUGGAAACGGUGGGAACGGGAAUAAUGGUGGGAAUGGUUCAGGAGUGACAUGCUAUAAUUGUGGGAAAACUGGUCACAUGGCACGUGACUGUUGGUCGAGGAGGAACCAACAGUAUAGUGACCCGGAGUUGGAAGGGAUGAAGGCAUAUUAUAGAGAUAUGCUCAAACAGAAGCGGGAACUGGUAGAACAGAAGAGAUAUGUACCGGCGCAGGUCGAGAUCGAACCAGCACCAAGGGGGUCUCCAAGGACCACUUCAUCAAACAAGGCCGCAACAACGACACCCGGAAGACGCACGAGGUUCGAGCCAGGCGAGAGUUCAGCACAAUCAGCGAAGCGAUCAACGCACCGUACCAUGAAGUUGGACAAAGGCAAAUCGCCUGUGGGAACGACUUUGGGCGAUGGUCCAACGGCGGAUUUUCCCACUUCGCGACCAACACCAUUAGCUGCGGCGGGUUCAGUGGACAAGAAGACACCAGCAUCGUGUACCAGAAGCGGUAUGUUAGAUUUUGUUUUCAAUAUUCAGCGGGAACUGACAUCCAAGCGUGCGGAUCGGAUCAAGGAUAUGUGCCAUAAGGCUGGCAUCAGGUACAUUACGAGGGACCAAGUUGUGGAAGAGCUUGUAUGCGCGAAGACGGACUUAGCAUACGAAGGGUUUUACACCGCUUUCCUUUGGGAGUACCUCGUGGCUCUCCUAGGAAUAAGAGAUGUUCUGAGGCGACAGAGCGGAAAUCGGGAGUUCAGGAGGGUGGUCGACGAGUCAGCGGCGACUACGUGCAUUCUCUUGACGAACCAAGGACAAAUCUCCUGGAUGGAGAAGAUCGUGAAAAUUCUCCCUACCGGCGGUCGACUACCUGGUUUCAGAGACAAAGGCGUAUACGUGAUCAUGAGCCCGUGGUGUAAGAAGAUGUACAUCGGAGGGACAACCCGUUCUUUUGCCACUCGGUGGGAUGAGCACUGCAGAUGCUUGGUGAGUAAGAACCUCGGGCGAUCUCCGGUGCUGUACAAGUGGAUGAGGAAGUUCCGUUGGAGCAAGCAUGUCUUGAUCCCGCUCAUGGGAGUCAAGGUCGAAGAUGUGGGAACGACGGAAGCCAGACUGAUAGGAGGUCUAGUACAACACAAGCUAGUGCGUGAGUUGUUACAGUCUCGGGUAAGGAUCGUGUACAUGAGGAAUCGUUCGGUUGGUGAACUGUUACACAAUCACAGGGCGUAUGCCGAGCUCCGAGAAGUGACAUGUAGAUGCGAGGAGUUUCCUUCAUUUCCGAAGGAAGGAGGUCAUGUCAUGUGUAGAAUUAGCGAGAUCCAGGCUCCAAAUUUCGUUAAGAACUCGCGCAAUGUGACGUAUCAGGAGGGCAAUGAGAGUGUGCAGGAAGUCCGGAAGUUUGCAGACUCCCUCGACGGACUGGUGAGGACACCAGUGGACCGCAAUCCAGGAGACACGCGCAUUGUGUGCCCAGUCACCUACUCUCACAGUAUGAAGAUGGCUUUCGUAUCGAAUUCGAGCUACGAGGUCUGCAGCGAUAACGAGAAUCAGGUGUUGAAAAAUUUGAAGACGGAGUACAACCUCAGGGGUCUCCACUUGAUUGCGAGAUGGGUUCCGAGCGGCAAAUUGGGACGACUGUACACUAUCCCGAAGGACAAAGAUCUCCAGAGAUGUAGACCUAUUGCCCCUUCCUGCGUUUGUCCCUUCGUACUUGCUGACAGAAGAGUGGCGCGUGCGCUACAUAGGCUUCUCGUGUCCUUGCCUCUAGAGCACCACUUCAAUCUCCACUCGCUGGCACAAUUGACCAGAAGGGUGGGCGACGCGGUACGGACGAUCUCGUCGAGAGGGGGGUGUGAUUCUCUCCUUGUGCGGUGCUACGACGCGAAGGAGAUGUUCACGCACUUGCCCCAUGCAGCCGUGAUCGACGGCGUGGAGUGGCUGCUGGACCACUUUGAAGAGCGUGGCUUUGGUAGCGUGAAGGUCGCGAUCAGAGGGAAACUGACGACGCUCAGCAGGACGAGGAAGAAGGAUGAGGGUUUCGUUACAGUCGAUUUCGAGCACAUUCGUGAGGCCUUGCAGUUUCAACUGGGUAUGUCAUUUGCGCGAUGUCAGAACCGUGUCAUCAGGCAGACUUCCGGGAUACCAAUGGGCAGGGCCACGAGCCCUGCGCUAGCCUGCAUCACAUGCGCGCACGCUGAGCGGUCGUUCUUAGCCUCCUUGGGAAAGGAUCGCGUGCUCUGUCAAGGUAUCCGUGUAAUCGAUGACAUCACGCUGCUCGUGGGCUUCUCCGCUUCGGUGUUGGAAUCGAUAGUGGUGGCUGAAGGGCUCGUUAGUGCUUUUGUAGACAGUUUUACGGAAGGGGUAGUCCUGGCACGAAAGGAUGGAGGGACUAACGUAUGGGAUUUUCUGGGUACCGAAAUGUCCAUGACGACCAAACCAAUUGGUUUCCAGAUCUGGCCGAAGACAAAGAACAUGGCGUCUUUGCAGCAGGGCAAGCGGCUGCAUUUCCAGUCCAUGCAGGACUUCCAGUCGUGCUCGUCGAAACACACCAAGAUUAACAUGGUCGGGACGUCAGUCAAGAGACAGAUUAUGCUGGCGUCAUCAUGCACAGCAGCGGUACCUGCAAUAUGUUACGUCCUUCAGGAGACUCUCCUCCGGGGUCACCCCCCGGAGGUCUUUUUCCGGGGUCUGGCCAAUGUGGCCAGACUGGCUCAAAAGCCUAUUCUGAUGAAACUCCUGGCCAUGAUUCGUUUGGGCUGGAAGGAGGAUCUUCCCCUACGUUCACGCCAUUUUGGAUAAAGGGUACGGAGGCUUUUUGUGAUUGGGUUUUUAGCUACAAUUUUCUCAUUUGGGCGUAGAUAGCAACGGAUCCGGGCCUGACCCUGUUCUGGGUACGUAGAGGACGUUGUUUUUCUGUUUCUUUUCUUCUUUCUUCUUUUUCUUUUCUUCCUUCCGAGCGCGCAGGGGAAUGCGAGUUUUCUUUUUCUUUUCUUUGGCUUUUUCUUUUUCUUUUUCUUUUUCUUUUUCUUUUUCUUCCAAGCGCGCAGUUUUCAGGAAGGACGAAUUCAACACGGCACAUGUAGAACAGCUCCGAAACGG